AUGGAGAACCUGUUUCGACAUAGCAGCCAAAAACAAUCCAAUAACCGAUAUGCCCCGCCCGCUGGACCACCACCAGGCCAAUCGGUCCCCCAUGGCCAAGCAGGAAAUUACUAUGGACAUUCGCAACCAACAUCACCCAUUUACCCCGGCUCUAAUAACCUGCCGAACCAGAACCAAUACCAACCCCCUCCCGGACCACCCCCACCCAUCCAUGAUGCCCCAGGCUAUGGUAAUCAAUUUCAACCAGGCGCAGAAGACCCUCUAGCGAUGCUGAGUCGGUAUGAUACUGUCAUCUUGGUUGAUGAUUCCGGAUCAAUGGAGAUGUUUUGGGAUGAAACCCGAGAUGCAUUGGGCGGAGUGGUCGAGAAAGCAGUGCAGUACGACUCGGAUGGGAUCGAUUUGUUCUUCUUCAACGACCCCCAGCACGCUUUGAACUGUAACUCUCCAGACCAAGUUCGACAAAUCUUUCGAAAUGUCCUUCCCCGACGAUCCACUCCAACGGCCGCCUCCAUCAAGAGGGUCCUCGACCCUUAUCUGAACCUGCUUCACCAGUCCAAGAAUGGUGGACCCAUGGUCAAGCCAAUGAAUCUGAUCGUCUUAACAGAUGGGGAACCAGAUCGAGGUCAAGACCCAGAGCAGGCCAUCGUCGAGAUCGGCCGGUAUCUCGACUCGAAUAGGUUUCCAUUGAAUCAACUUGGAAUUUCAUUUGUCCAGAUCGGGAAUGAUCCCGAUGCCACCCGACAUUUGAUAGCACUCGAUGACGACUUGAAAGCUAAACACAAAAUUAGGGACUUUGUUGACUGUACUCCAUAUCAGGCAAGUAAUCAUACGAACGUCAUUACUUCUGACUUUAUCUUGAAAGCUUUGAUUGGUGGCGUCAAUCGCAAAAUCGACCAUCUUCGCUUAUAA